AUGCGGCCUCAACGCGAAUACCAUAUCGUUGUGCUAGGAGCUGGCGGUGUUGGAAAGAGUUGCUUAACAGCCCAAUUCGUUCAAAAUGUUUGGAUUGAAAGCUACGACCCAACGAUCGAAGACUCAUAUCGGAAACAAAUCGAGGUAGACGGGCGACAAUGCAUACUGGAAAUCCUUGAUACCGCAGGCACGGAACAAUUCACGGCAAUGAGAGAGCUGUACAUGAAACAAGGCCAAGGAUUCCUCCUAGUCUUCUCGAUCACCAGCAUGUCCUCUCUCAACGAACUUUCCGAGCUGCGCGAACAAAUCAUGCGAAUCAAAGACGACGAAAACGUACCAAUCGUCAUAGUAGGCAACAAAUCGGAUUUGGAAGAAGACCGGGCCGUUCCCCGUGCGCGCGCAUUCGGUCUAUCUCAAAACUGGGGCAAUGCGCCUUACUACGAGACGUCAGCGCGACGCCGCGCAAAUGUCAACGAAGUCUUCAUCGACCUGUGCCGCCAGAUCAUCCGCAAGGACUCCGAAGGUUCAAGGAGCAGCAGCGAUCCAAGCCGGAAGCGAGAAGGCCCCAACCGUCAUGACCGGAAAAGAGAUAAUCGUCGUCCGAGGAAGCGCGGGCCGUGUGUCAUUCUUUGA